UCAUUGCAUACAGCAGAUUGUAGAGAGUGUUCAUCACUGCCAUGUCAAUGGUAUCGUUCACAGGGACCUGAAGCCUGAGAACCUCCUAUUGGCCAGUAAGCUGAAGGGGGCGGCGGUUAAGCUAGCUGACUUUGGGCUCGCCAUCGAGGUGCAGGGCGACCAACAGGCAUGGUUUGGUUUUGCUGGUACACCAGGCUACCUGUCUCCAGAGGUUCUGAGAAAAGACCCAUAUGGAAAGCCUGUGGACAUGUGGGCCUGUGGGGUGAUCCUGUACAUCCUAUUGGUCGGUUAUCCUCCCUUCUGGGACGAGGACCAACACAGACUGUACCAGCAGAUCAAGGCUGGGGCCUACGAUUUCCCAUCCCCAGAGUGGGACACAGUGACUCCUGAUGCCAAAGACCUGAUCAAUAAGAUGUUGACCAUCAACCCUGGCAAACGCAUCACCACCGCAGAGGCCCUCAAACACCCCUGGAUCUGUCAACGGUCCACUGUAGCUUCCAUGAUGCACAGACAGGAGACUGUGGAGUGUCUGAAGAAGUUCAACGCCAGGAGAAAACUCAAGGGAGCCAUUUUGACCACUCUGCUGGUAACAAAAAACUUCUCAGUCAAGAGUCUGCUGAACAAGAAGGCUGACGCCGUCAAGGCGAACAACAAAGCCAACACAGUGACCAGUCCUAAAGACACCAGCUUAACCCCAGCACUGGAACCCCAGACCACAGUGAUCCACAACCCAAUAGAUGGGAAGAAGGAGUCUAUAGAGAGCGCCAACACCACCAUCGAGGACGAGGAUGUCAAAGCUCGGAAGCAGGAAAUCAUCAAAGUCACAGAGCAGCUGAUCGAAUCCAUCAACUGUGUGUUUAACGGAGACUUCUGA